AUGGAUAACAGAAACAGAGCCGAAAGAAUAGUGAAUAUGGCAUUGCAAUCUUCGCCGCCGCCAUCUUCAUCGACUUCAACAAAUGAAGAUUUUUCAAAUGAUCAUUCUUGUUACCAUCCACAACAAAAUAUAGAAAUUUCUACAGAAUUAGAAGACAGUGAAGCGGAAAGAGAUAAAAGGGGACAUGUACCUGCUAACAAGCUGCCUGAUGAAAAGUUGAACUGGAUUAAAGACCACAUUAAUAGUUUUCCGAAAUUUGUGAGUCACUAUAGAGAAAGACGAUCAACACGAAAAUAUUUGCGCCAGGAUCUUUCAAUGAACAAAAUGUAUGAACUUUUUAAAGCAAAAUAUACUUGUAAAACCUGUGAUAUGCUCGAGAUAGCAAUAAAGGCGGAAGAAGAUAUAGAAACAUGCUUAGCUAUAAGGGUACAAAAAGAUCAGCAUAUUAAACUUGCAGGCGAAGUAAGAAACAUAUUAAAUGACUGUAAAGGUAAAGUCAAAACUGACGAAUCAUUAUUAGUAGCUACUUUUGAUUUGGAACGAACCCUGCCCCUUCCUUAUUUGAAUACUGGUGAGGUCUAUUAUUUAAGAGAACUGCAAAUGCUGAACUUUGGUAUUCAUGCUUAUAUUAAGGAAGGAGAAAAAGUUCUCAUGAAUAUGUGGCCAGAACAUUGUGGGGCCAGAGGCUCACAAGAAAUUAUGUCGUCACUUCACUCCUUUUUAGAAGAUUCCGUGCCGGACACUGUCAAAUCACUGUGUUUUUAG